AUGGCUUCGAAUCAUCCGUUUCCAGCUGGCCAGGAGAAGGUAAUAGCAACAAGUAUGAUAUGGAUUUUGGUUCGUGACGAAAUUCAAAUUCUACAACCUCCUUUCUGGAGCAUCUGGGGGUUAGAAUACGAUUUACUGAAGGUAGGAGGCGCUGGGCAGUGGCCAUUCAGAUACGCUGUCGACCGACAGCAAGCUGCUAUUUUGACGCUGCAGCCAGUGAAAACGAUCUUUCUAGAGGCGAAAGACCGCGACAUCAACAUCAAGAGCCUCAACAUAAGCGAUCUUAAGGAUAUGUAUAAGUCCAGAGACACGGUCGCCGAUACGAUGGCUGCAGCUAACAGAAAACUUGCAGAAGGGAAUGGCGGGCGCUCAGUGGAUGAUGUGGCAACUAGCACUACAUCAACUUCAGAGUGGGAUGAGACCGCCAUAGUUCGACUCGUUGACGUGUGUAAGGUGUGGUUUACGGAGAUGAACUUCUCUGACGCGAUCCGCUUACACCUCGAUCUGAUAUGUGUAGCUUUGGGCUACAAGUGGGGAAUUCUGCCACUACUGAAGGGCUGGAGAGGGCACAAAGCCAAUUACGGACGGUCUUACUACCACAAUAAGAAAAUAGGUAAAGGCAACAUUGACUCACCUAACCUCAUGUAA